GAAAGCUCGAGAGCCGAUUGUGCUUUCCCGAAGUUGGAGAGGAUUUGGCUAUAUUAUGUCUCGAAGAAGUACCUCACUUUCACCACCAAGGCGAAGAUACAGAAAGCGCUCGCGGUCCAGGUCGUCUUCGUCUGAUAGCUCAAGAUCUGGUUCGCAAAGACGAAGAUCACUGGCAGGAAAAGCACAAAGGCGCUUACUUGGGAACAUCGUUGUUCAUGAUCACCGCACAAAUCAGGAUGAGCUGAAAAGCAACGACCCUGCAUUGUUAGCGUGUCGCGUUUUCAUUGGAAAUUUGCCAACCGAUAGGAUGGUCAAAUCAGAUCUUGAAGAGUGGUUUAAAAAAUAUGGAAAAGUUAUAGGAUGUUCCCUGUUUAGAGGAUAUGGUUUUGUCCAGUUUGAAAAUGAAGAAUGUGCUAGGAAGUCCGUAGAGGCAGAAAAAGGAUCUCUGUAUAAAGGCUUUAGACUUGAUGUAAAGAUGGCUGCAGAAGGCAGACGUCCGGGUGGUGGACGACGAGCGCGAACACCCCCACCCCAUGAUGCUGGUUAUGAUGCUUUCAGGGAGCGUAGUCGUGACAGGUCUCCCCUGGAAGACAGAAGAAGAGACCUCUACAGACGAGAUGAUCCAUAUGAUAGAGCUCUACCUGAUCCGAGAGACGACCCCUAUAGGAGACCGCCACCGCCAUUGCAUCCUGAAGAUCCGUACCUAAGGGCUCCACUACCUCCGAGAGAUCCGUACAGAAGAGAUCCAUUUGCUCCCCCUGCUGACCCCUACUUUAGGGAUGCACUACCACCACCACCCUUUGACCGCCCAGCAGGGCCCCCACCAGGCCCAACUGGACCCGAAAGACCGCCAUAUGAUUGUGUCAUUGUUCUUCAUAAUAGACAACAAAUGGGUUAUGCAGAAAUGGUCGAGAGACGCAUGAAACAGAACAUGAUGGCUGUUGACAUUCAGGUGUUACUCGAGAACGAAUCACCGCAAGUUCUAAUAGAUGGUGCUACGAGACGAAAUAUUCCGUAUGCAGCUGUGAUCAACCAUCAGAAUGAGGUUCAUCAGUCAAUCACGAUAAAUAUCUUGCAUGGCACGCCACAAGAGCACAGGAACAUGCCCCUUGAUGACGCUAUGACUCUCGUUACGCGUAACUUUGAACAGUUUGUCAAGAAAGUCUGCGAAAAGGAGGUGGGGCCACAGGUUAAAAGUGGCAUUGUCCCACCGGACGGUCAACUGACAUAUCUUCUAAAUCUAUUAGCGGAUGGGCGUCACCUGACGCUCGAGGAGCUCGAUAAAGUAAAAGCUUUUGUUGAUCAGAGGCGCAACAGGAUGAUGGAAGCUGAGGGUAAAACACCAAAUGGUGGGCCUUUGGACAACCAGCGAAACAAUGCACCACCACCAGUCACCAACCGGGCUCCAGUCCGACCUGGUGCCCCAUUAUCUCAGCAGUUGCAGCCAGUCAGUGGCCAGAAGGAUGAAGUGGCCAUCAUUAAACAACAAGCAGAAUUGCAGGCAAAGAUCCUAAGUAUUCUCAAUACGUCGUCAGCUUCUCCUAGCCCGGUUCCCGCCUCUUCUCGUGGGGUAAACAACAUGCAGUCACAAGCACACAUGGGGACAGGUCAUGCAGAAACGCAGUCGGUUGCCAGUAAUAAUCGCACGCCAAGUCUAGCUGGAUUUCGUAACCAGAUGCCGAACCAACAGCAAUCAGGUCCCCCUCCUGGUCAACAAUACGGGGGGAACCAGCCGCAGAACCAGCGACAGCAGCAGCAGCAGCAGCAGCAGCAGCAGCAGCAGCAACCGCCGCAGCGAAGUGGUGGAUCUCUUCCACUCAACUUGGACAAUCCUAAUAUCCAAAAAGCUUUGGAUAACUUAAUUCAGAGUGGCCCGUCGUUGAUUAAGAGCAUUUCAAAUUCACAGUCUGGCAUGCCUGUUGGGAUUCAGUCCGCAGGAAUGCAGGCGCGUGCUCAUGAGCAGCAGAUCAUGAAUCGGCAUCGUGGCCCUCCACCACCACAAGCGCAGAAUCAAAUGCAGAGAGCGCCAAUGCAGCAACAGGGGAUGCGGAUGGCAACCAUGCAGCAGCAGCAGCAGCAGCAACAGCAACAGCAGAUAAUGCAAGCUCAGCAGCAGGCAGUCAUGCAGAUGAACAUGAUGCAGAUGGGAAUGAGACCGAGGUUCUGAAAGACUGAAUCGUUCUUUUGAGUUUAGCAUUUAGAACAUUGGCAACACAAGAUUUUGUGACAUGGGACUUCGGAAAGAUUUAUGUGCCAUCUUUUUCACAGCAAGAUAGAUGUGAUGUGCUCUGUGGCAGUUUCAAGCAAAAAUCAGGCAUAUCAAUUUAUUGAUGCAUUGAUGAAGGUUGGGUGAUUUUUAUGGGGUAGGUCAUGGUGUUGAUUCACUGUGAAAGUUUUUUUAAGUUGAUAAAAUGUCAAGAAAGUGAUGGUUGGAAUUGAAUACAUUGUACGAAUACCUUAUUCUUGGGAAUAAACAAUUUACUGAUGGACAGGAUUGUGAGGAAAUUGUAAUCUUUCUUAAUUAAAUGAGGUGUAAGUUUGAAUAUUGAUAUGUAUCAUCAAAAUUCUUCAGUGGCCUUUCAUUUGUUAAUGUUAAUUAGGAGCACAAGGAUGUCAAUAAAUUGGAGUACAUGGAAAGAUCUGACUAGAUACAGACUCGUCUUUAUGCCCUUCUACUCCUCAUUGUUGAAAAGGGUGACCUACAGUACAUUAGUGGAUAAUCUCUUGUUGUUUUAUGUAGUGUUUGUCAGUGUCUUCACAAUGUCAGUUGACCAUUCGUAAGAUUGGAUGUAGAUCCUGUCUGCUGGUGCCUGAGAGAUUCUUGGUUGAAUUCCGACACGGGGAAAUUUUCCCAUGCUAUUGGUCUACUGCAGGCUUCUUAAUAAAAUGUACAUUGUCAUUAAAAAACUCAUUGAAGUUGUAAGAAUUUUUGUGAUGUACCGUCUUUGUAUCCAAGUUUUCAUAAUAUUGUUUCAUAAAAUUACAUUGGAUGAUUUUAAAAUCUGUUGAUUAUUUCUUUUUUCCCAAUUCAGUAACUGUUAUAUUUUGUUGAAAUAAUGAAAUGCUCUUGUUUGCUGGUUUUCUUGGGAAUUGGACCAUGGUAAGGUUUGCCAAAGGGAAGUCUUCAACCAAACAAAAAAUUAUACUUUGUUUACUGUCAAUAUCCCAUGCAAAGGUUAUGGUUAGAGUACACAGGCAAGUUGGGUUUAUAAUCAUCAUAAAAACACUACUGUCUUGUUGACAGCUUCUGUCACUGUUCUAUAGCUUGCAGAUCUCAUUGUAGUCCCAUGACAUGGCUAAACGAUUAAGUGUUUGGCUCACUUUGGUUUCCUGUAGGUUAUCCUAGUUUGACCAUUGCAUUUUACUUGUGCUGACACAAACAUUUUGGGGGAAGCAAGCUUCAUGUCAUUCAGCUGGAUUUUCAAAUUCAAGGGCUACUUGUCUCCAAUUUAUUGCCGAUUUCAGUAGUAGUCAAGUCUGGCCCCAGGUUCUAUUUCUUGUAAUAAAGGUCUAUGUCUUUUUAUAAA